CUUGAGCCAGUCAAUAAUCUCCUUAAAACUUUUCUCUCUUUCUCGAUCGUGUUUAAUUUUAUUUUUUUUGCUUCAAGAAAAUUAAAAAUGCAAUACCAGACAGAAUCGUGGGGAUCAUACAAGAUGAACAAGAUAGGGUUCGGCAGUGUGGGGAUGGUGGCUGACACUGGUCUGCUUCGCAUAGAGUCUCUGGCGGCAGAGAGCGCUGUGGUGAUAUUCAGCGUGAGCACGUGCUGCAUGUGCCACGCCGUGAAGGGUCUCUUCCGAGGAAUGGGAGUCAGCCCCGCGGUCCACGAGCUCGACCUCCACCCCUAUGGCGGCGACAUCCAGCGAGCCCUCAUCCGCCUCCUCGGCUGCUCCGGCGCCUCUUCUCCCGGGUCUCUUCCGGUCGUCUUCAUUGGCGGUAAACUAGUUGGAGCUAUGGACAGAGUCAUGGCUUCCCACAUCAACGGCUCUCUCGUUCCUCUUCUCAAAGACGCAGGCGCUCUCUGGCUUUAAUGAUUGAUACCUCCCUCCCUCCCUUGUGCUUUUGUUUCUUUCUUUUUAUAAGCCUAGCUAGCUCUAAUUAAUGUCUUAAGAGAAUGGGAUGAGGAAGUUUAGGAAAAAACUAAUCGAUGACAGGUUAGGUUUAUAGUUUGUAAUUAGAGAGACUUGUGCGUUUGUUUUAAAGCUCACCUUUCUCUACCCCUCUUCCCCUCUUUUUUUUUUUCAUGCAUCUCUCUUAUAAUUAAAUCUUUCAAAUUAUUUUAUAUUUUGCUAUGUCUCCUAUCUAUUAGAUCCUUUCAUAUCGAAUCAAAGACAGUUCUUGUUA